GGCGACACCGGAAGCGCAACAAAUAGGAAGGAAAAAUGGCGAAUCUCGUGGAGGCGACAACAAAUCAGCAGUUUAAGGAUAUCUUAGCCAAAGCUGGAAAAUGCCUGACUGUAGUGCACUUCCAGGCAGCAUGGGCUCCUCAGUGCGGCCAAAUGAACGAAGUGAUGGCCGUGCUGGCGAAGGAACACACGCACACCACGUUUGUGAAGCUGGAGGCAGAGGCGGUCCCGGAGGUGUCAGAGAAGUAUGAAAUCGCUUCUGUGCCCACUUUCCUUUUCUUCAAGGGAGGGGAGAAAGUAGACCGCCUGGACGGUGCCCAUGCUCCGGAGCUGACCAAGAAGGUAGAACGCCUGGCAGUUGCCGGAAGUGCUGCUGCAGGGGUGGAAAGCGGCACCACGGACCUGAACCAGCGGCUGAAGAAGCUGAUCAACGCGGCGCCCUGCAUGCUCUUCAUUAAAGGAUCCUCGCAGGAGCCCCGCUGCGGAUUCAGCCGACAGAUAGUGGGCCUGCUGAAGGAGCACAACAUCCAGUUCAGCACCUUCGACAUCCUUUCCGACGAGGAGGUCCGACAAGAGCUGAAGACCUACUCCAACUGGCCCACCUACCCUCAACUGUAUGCGAAUGGAGAGUUGGUCGGAGGGCUGGAUAUAGUGAAGGAGCUGGCUGAGUCUGGAGAGCUGGAGAACACCUGUCCAAAGGCUGUCACCCUGGAGCACCGUCUGAAAAUCAUCAUCAACCAGAGCCCAGUCAUGGUGUUCAUGAAGGGCAACAAGGAGGCUGCAAAAUGUGGCUUCAGCAGGCAGACACUGGAGCUUAUGAACGACACCGGGGUAGAUUAUAACACAUUUGAUAUUCUGCAGGAUGAAGAGGUGCGUCAGGGGCUCAAGACCUAUUCUAACUGGCCAACCUACCCCCAACUCUACGUGAAAGGAGAACUGAUCGGAGGUUUGGACAUACUGAAGGAGCUGAAGGAGAGUGGAGAGCUGGUGUCAGUGCUGAAGGGGGAAUCCUAGAUGGAUUUGACAUGCCAUCUGCAAGGGGGGAACAACAAGCCACUGCACAUGCCCAGCAUCGACCCUGUGCCACUGAUCUAAUAUACAGAGGGCCAGGAAAUGAAUGAAUUAAUCCAUUUAUGAAAAUAAAUAUUAGAACCAAAUCUGUUGUAGCAUUUAGAUACGUUUGUGUUCUACUAAAGGCCAACAUUGAAAAUGCAGUUAAUCAUUAUUGAGUGAAAUGUUUAAAGGUAAAUCUUAAUUUACAAAUCCCUCUCUGACAUAAGGUAAAUGCACUGAGAACGGCCUACUUUAGAACAUAUUAUCUGCAAUUAGUUUUUAGGUUACAUCUAACCUUCCAGUAUUCACAGACUCACACGAGAAUGGAUUUAUAUUUAAUAAAACAUUAUUUACCCAGCCUCUGACUUUUCAUGCCUUCCUCUCCACCUUUAUUUUAUUUAAGACAGAAAAACUGUGUCUAACUACAUUCAAUAUCACUCUGGUUUAAACACUUAGAAUUAACUCUAGGUGGCACAUACUUCAUCAAUAAUAUUAUGAAUAAAAAAAUAAGAAAAACC